GCUCAAUUACCUCCUACAGCCAAUGGUAGAGACGAGGGCCGAACCUAGACCUGAAGAGCGCAGGAUCACACCGAUCAAAUAUAUCAGUAAGUAUUUGACAGGUAGUUGAGGUUAGUCGUGGAAUACAAGCAAGUCAAAACGCAAAAUCGAUACGACGAUAAAAAUUAAGAUCGUGUUGGAGUGAGAGAGAGAGGGAGGGAGAGAGAUGAUCGCAAACGGAGUGGAAGACGAAGAGAAAUGGUUGGCGGCAGGAAUUGCUGGCCUUCAACAGAACGCCUUCUACAUGCAUCGCGCUCUGGACUCGAACAAUAUCAGAGACGUAUUGAAGUAUUCAGCACAGAUGCUCUCAGAACUGCGGACUUCGAAGCUCUCCCCUCACAAGUACUAUGAACUUUACAUGCGAUCAUUUGAUGAAUUGAGGAAGCUGGAGAUGUUUUUUAAGGAAGAGACGCGUCGUGGUUGCUCGAUUAUUGAUUUGUAUGAACUCGUGCAGCACGCUGGCAACAUAUUGCCAAGAUUGUAUCUCCUCUGUACUGUAGGAUCUGUGUACAUAAAAUCUAACGAAGCUCCUGCAAAGGAUGUCCUUAAGGAUCUUGUGGAAAUGUGUCGUGGAAUUCAAAAUCCUGUACGGGGGCUCUUCUUAAGAAGUUAUCUUUCUCAAGUCAGCAGGGAUAAAUUGCUUGACCUUGGUUUUGAGUAUGAAAGGGAUGCUGACACAGUUAUGGAUGCUGUGGAGUUCAUACUGCAAAAUUUCACUGAAAUGAAUAAGCUGUGGGUGCGCAUGCAACAUCAGGGACCUGCCCGGGAAAAGGAGAAGCGGGAGAAAGAAAGGAGCGAACUACGUGACCUUGUUGGGAAGAAUUUGCAUGUCCUUAGUCAGAUAGAAGGUGUUGACCUUGACAUGUACAAAGAUACUGUGCUUCCCAGAGUCCUUGAACAGGUUGUCAAUUGUAAAGAUGAACUUGCGCAGUUUUAUUUGAUGGAUUGUGUUAUUCAAGUCUUCCCGGAUGAGUAUCACUUGCAAACACUUGAAGUCUUGUUGGGUGCUUGCCCCCAGCUUCAGCCAUCUGUUGAUAUCAAGACAGUGCUCUCUAGAUUGAUGGAGAGGCUCUCAAAUUAUGCAGCUUCAAGUCCAGAAGUUUUACCUGAGUUCUUGCAAGUUGAAGCUUUUUCAAAAUUGAACAAUGCCAUAGGGAAGGUCAUAGAAGCACAGAUUGAUAUGCCUAUUUUUGGAGCUGUGACUUUAUAUUCAUCUCUCCUUACAUUUACACUUCAUGUUCAUCCUGAUCGUCUGGAUUAUGCAGAUCAAGUGUUGGGAGCAUGUGUUAAGAGAUUAUCAAGCAAAGGAAAGCUUGACGACAGCAGAGCCACAAAACAACUUGUAGCACUCUUAAGUGCUCCAUUGGAGAAAUAUAAUGAUGUUGUCACUGCAUUGAAGCUUUCAAACUAUCCCCAGGUCAUGAAAUACCUUGACAGUGAGACAAAUAAAGUUAUGGCAUCUGUCAUAAUUCAAAGUAUUAUGAAAAACAACACAUACAUUUCUACAGUUGACAAGGUUGAGGCAUUAUUUGAAUUAAUCACAGGGCUUAUCAAGGAUUUGGAUGGAAUGCUUGAAGAGGUUGAUGAAGAUGAUUUCAAAGAGGAGCAGAAUUCUGUUGCACGUCUUAUUCAGAUGCUGGAUAAUGAUGAUCCGGAGGAAAUGUACAAGAUCAUGUGUACAGUAAGGAAGUGGAUCAUGACUGGAGGGCCAAGGCGUUUACCCUUCACUGUUCCUCCUCUUGUCUUUUCUUCUCUUAAGUUGGUUAGGACACUGCAAGGCCAAGAUGAAAAUCCGUUUGGAGAUGAAUCAUCAACUACACCAAAGAAAAUUUUUCAGCUUUUAAAUCAGACGAUUGAGGUUCUAUCAACUGUCCCAGCACCUGAAUUGGCAUUACGGCUGUACUUACAGUGUGCGGAGGCUGCCAAUGACUCUGAUUUAGAACCUGUUGCUUAUGAAUUUUUCACCCAAGCAUAUAUUCUGUAUGAAGAAGAAGUAUCAGAUUCCAAGGCGCAGGUUACUGCAUUGCAUUUAAUCAUAGGGACUCUACAAAGGAUGCAUGUGUUUGGUGUUGAGAAUAGGGAUACGUUAACACACAAAGCCACAGGGUAUUCUGCUAAGCUUUUAAAGAAGCCUGAUCAGUGCAGAGCUGUUUAUGGGUGUGCGCAUCUCUUCUGGGUUGAUGAUCAAGAUAACAUGAAAGAUGGAGAGAGGGUUCUAAUUUGUCUAAAGCGUGCUCUAAGAAUUGCAAAUGCUGCUCAACAAAUGUCCAAUGCUGCACGAGGUAGCACUGGAUCAGCUACACUCUUUGUUGAGAUCUUAAACAAGUAUCUUUAUUUCUUUGAGAGGGGAAACCCACAGAUAAAUGCUGCUGCAAUUCAGAGCCUGAUUGAACUGAUCACGACUGAGAUGCAAAGCAACUCCAGUACACCAGACCCUGCUGCUGAUGCUUUCUUUGCCAGCACAGUGCGAUACAUUCAGUUUCAGAAACAGAAAGGGGGAGCGAUCGGUGAAAGGUAUGAGCCCAUCAAGGCAUAAUGGUUUGAUUCAAAUAUGAUUGAUGUCGUCGACUAGUUGUGUUGACAGGAGUUUAUGUGAUGUGCUUGUGUUGUUGGUUAAGUGGUUUUUUGAUCCAUGUCAAUACCAGUCCAGAGUAAUGUUGAAACCCUGUCUGCUUGUUUGUUGGGUUAGUACUGAAUCAUUUGCCACAUGUUUAUUGAUGAUUUAGGAAAUUUAAUUGUGAGCACAAAAGUUGCAACGGUGCCUAUUAUUUUAUUGAGGUUUUUUAUGAUAA